GGUCAGUCAGGCGGCCCGGCCCCACCAGCCGAGUUCCAGGGACGCAGAAGCAAGAUCGGGGCACCGUCUGGAGUAGCGCCAAGUCCGGACCUCGGAGCCGUCCGCAGACGCCAGGAUGCAGUCAGCAGCGAACCGCCGCCCCGGGCCGGCCCCGGGACCGGGGGCCACGGCAUCCCUGCUCCGGGUGCUGCUGCUGCUGCUCGCCAGCGGCGCGGGCGCCUGCAGAGGUGCUCCAGUAUCACCUCAAGGAUUACGUCCUGAACAAGAACUACAGUUGUGGAAUGAGAUAGGUGCUGCUUGUUCAUCUUUCCUGUCCAUUGGUUCUCAGUCUCAGGCAUCCAAUGCAUUGGAGGAACUUUGCUUCACAAUUAUGGGGACUCUACCAAAACCCCAGGAAACAGAUGAAAAAAUAAAUACCAAAAGGUUCUUAUUUCAUUAUUCCAAGACACGGAAGUUGGGCAAUUCAAAUGCUGUGUCGUCUGUCGUGCAUCCGUUGCUGCAGCUCGUUCCUCAACUGCAUGAGAGAAGAAUGAAGAGAUUCAAAGUGGACGAAGAAUUACAAGGUCCUAUUGCAAGUCAAAGACGAAGCUACUUUUUAUUCAGGCCACGCAAUGGAAGAUCAGAAGGUUACAUUUGAAAUGGAUACCAGCUAUUUUCUACAGAAGCAGUGCCAUGGAAUAUAAAAUAUACUGAUAUUUUUUGUUUCCUUCUCAAAAACAAUCUUUGCCAAGUUUAACAUGUUUGAAUAUUCCUGUAUUGUGAACAUUCUCAGUAAAAGUUGGCUGAGACUGUAAAUAUUUAAUUUGUUCAAAAUUAAAAAGCAUCUUAAAAUCUUUUUUGUAGUG